CCAGAUUCUCCUGGGCCACAACCGUAAUUUCGCAGGAAAAAGUAGGCCAUAGCACAUAGAAUCCACUAAUAAUAAUACCCACUCUUGGGCACCAAGAAAAAGCCGCAGUUAAAAACAAGACCCGAAAAGCGAAAAUCUCACACACACACACACACACACUCUCUCUCUAUCUUGCGAUUUCGUGAAUAUCGAGAUAAAAAAAAUGGGCAGGAAGUUCUUCGUCGGCGGCAACUGGAAAUGCAAUGGAACCUUCGAUGAGGUGAAGAAGAUUGUGAAGAUACUCAAUGAGGGACAAGUGCCAUCACAAGAUGUUGUGGAGGUUGUGGUGAGCCCACCAUAUGUGUUUCUUCCAGUGGUGAAGAGUUCGUUGAGGCCUGACUUUCAUGUUGCAGCUCAAAACUGCUGGGUCAAGAAGGGUGGUGCCUUCACUGGUGAAGUUAGUGCUGAAAUGCUGGUCAAUCUGGAGGUUCCUUGGGUCAUUCUUGGUCAUUCUGAGAGAAGACUUAUUUUAGGCGAAUCCAAUGAGUUUGUUGCCGAUAAGGUUGCAUAUGCACUAGCUCAAGGUUUGAAGGUGAUUGCUUGUGUUGGUGAGACUCUUGAGCAGCGAGAAUCUGGCUCGACUGUGGAGGUUGUGGCUGCACAAACCAAGGCCAUUGCAGCAAAAGUGUCAGAUUGGACCAAUGUUGUGUUGGCCUAUGAGCCCGUGUGGGCCAUUGGAACUGGCAAAGUUGCAUCUCCAGCUCAGGCUCAGGAAGUGCAUUUUGAAUUGAGGAAAUGGCUUCAAGCAAACGUAAGUCCUGAAGUUGCUGCAACAACCAGGAUCAUUUAUGGAGGGUCUGUGAAUGGUGCAAACAGCAAAGAGCUGGCAGGUCAGCCCGAUGUUGACGGAUUUUUGGUUGGUGGAGCUUCUCUAAAGCCUGAGUUUAUUGACAUUAUCAAGUCUGCGGAGGUGAAGAAAAGUGCCUAAAGCGUUGAACCUGAUGAGAGUAGUGUGACUUUAGAUCUCUUGUCUGGGAGGUGGAGAAUCUAUUCCGCACAAUUUUACAGAUACUCUUUUGAGGAAAUAAUUAUGCUUUUUUUCCUCCUUUUUGUAUUCCGAUCAGCACCUGGAUUUGGGUUUUUCUGUAUUAAUAAAUUUUCUUAAGUGCCAAAGCUUUCAAGUAUUUUCGGUCAA